UGGCUUCUCCCGUUGGUCGCCAUCGACAGCCCCUGUCUGAUCGCAGACAGGCGAGUCGCCCUCCGAAGGACGCAAUCCACGUCGUCAGGAGCCCACUUCACCUACCCCUUGACGCAACAAGGUACGCAAGCUGGAGACUGCGGGCCCCGUACGACCCCGAGGUGACGCGUUGCCACGUCAUCCGCGGUUACGGGGAUAUGUGUGCGUCGCUACGACUCCACGCAGCACCGAAGACCCAACCGUCUCAGACGUCGGGACAGGCUUCCCAUGACGUCAUUCCCGCUCCCCACUCUUCGCUAUAUAACCCCUUCCUCCGGUUGCCGUGUUCUUUCUCUCGUCACUCUUUCCUCGAUUUCCCCCGAACGGUUCCAGAAUGCAAGACGCGAUCCCGUACAGAACCGCGCGGGGCUGGUUCCCGACGUCGCCUUCGUCCUCAUCCGCCUCGCCCUCCUCCUCUUCCCUCGGUGGAGUGACCGUGCGGAUGAUGGUGGCGGAGAACCCGGUGGUGGUGGUGGGGCGGCGGGGUUGCUGCAUGGUCGACGUGGCAAGGCGCCUUCUGCUGGGGCUCGGGGUCAACCCCGUGGUGCGCGAGAUCGGAGAGGAGGCCGCCGCCGUAGAGGAGGCGGCAGCCCUGGUGGAGGCGGUGGCCGAGGUCGGGGGCGCCGGUGGGGAUCGACGGCGGUCGUCAAAGCUCCCAGUGGUGUUCGUUGGGGGUAGGCUACUAGGAGGCCUCGAUCGCCUCGUCACCGCCCACAUCACCGGCGAUCUCGUGCCCAUCUUGAAAGAUGCCGGCGCUCUCUGGCUCUAAUUUCCCCAUCUUUUCUUCAUUUAUAUAUAUAUAUAUAUAUGUCGUUUGAAAGUAGAAAAAGGAGGUGAUUUUGUGUGAUUUCCUGGCAACCGUUUGAUUUGGUUAUAAUCAUUGCAAAAGUUGUAAAAUUGUUCAAGGAAACAAAAAAAAAAGAGGGGGGUGGGGAAUACAAAUUAUGGCCCUCGCAUGUGACACUAGCCACUUUUAGAUUCGUGCUAGCACUGGAUCCAUGACUGUCAAUUUUCGAUCGAUCUACUAACGUCGAAAGAGAACAAGCCUGGCGGUCGGUAAUUUUAUAUACACGUGCAGGUCACGUGAACCUGUUUUUACUACGAGUCGUCCGCCAUUAAAU